AUGGCCGCAGUUGGGAAUGACCGUUAUUCCCAUUUUCACUCCCCCUAUGCACAGCGAAAAUACAGCAACGUCCCCUGUUUCUGGGAAACACAACCCGUAGGCUGUGUGAGGUUCAACUGUGCCUUCCAUCAUAGCAAACCUCGUAACAUAAAUGGACUUUUUUUGCCGCCUACCAACAGUGCCCCACUGCAACAGGGUAUCCAAGGAGGGAUUCUGCCUCCAGCGCAUUGUCAAGAAUUACUCAGAAAUCAAAAGAAUAUUGUACUACCAAUUCAUCCUCCAGUGAUUAUAAACAUCAAUGAUGAUGACGAUGAUGAAGAGGACGAUGAAGAGGAUGAUAAAGAGGAAGAGAAUCGUGUUCCUGAGUGGGUGCCUAGGACUGCUGCAGAUCUUGAAGAGGAAAGAGCAAUAAAGGAAAUAUGCUAUAAGUCUGGAGAGUAUUACGGGAUUCAGUACCCCCACGAACACCAAUCAACAAAAACUGUGUCUGCACCUCGGGAAAAUGAGCUAUUGCCCUUGGAAGCUACUGAGCAACACUUGCAGAAAGAAACCAACCACACUGAGCUGGUAGAGAGCCAUCACUAUCAAGAAGUACAGGAAGAGAAAGGGAUAUCUGAGGAGCCAAGAAAUUCACCUAAUACAGGAACAGGCAAAGGAAUUCGCACUUCAGACCCCAAAGUCAAACCAAGGUACCAACAAAGGCGUCAAAGGAAGGAUGAUGAAACUGCUUCUUCUUAUAUUCCUUAUGAGAGAGGACCUGGAGGAAAGACUUACUUUAAUUCUUCAGAACCUCGAAGAUCAGCAUAUGUAGUCUACCGUACUGUCACCGCCACCCAAGAACCAAAGUUCAGUGGAUCUACAGACAAAUAUACUUCAGGAUCUUACAAUGCACCAAAUCAGAGGAAAAGAAAUCCACAUGCAAAAACAUUCUCUAAGUCUAAAACAACCAUUCAGAGCCAAGAAGACAUGGAAGUGAAUAGAAAAGGAGAACGAUAUAUAGACAGAAGAAAGAGAUGA